AGCGGUAAUGUCGAUGUCCUUCAAGCAUCGCCAUCACCUCCCGAUUUGGAGGCGUGAGAUGCUGGGAGUUACCGACGUGAUCGCUGAGUUUGGAGGACUGUUCGCGCUGCUGUUAGGAGCUAGUGCUAUGAGUUUGUGUGAAAUAUUAUACUACGCUUGUAUACGACCGCUGCGUAGAGAACGGAUCCCCCGGCUGGCGAUCAACUGGAUGUAUGUGCUACCGUGGGCGGCACGGCAGAAUCCGUUCCGGACUCGCAUGAACCAACCGAAAGACUGGUGAUUUGUAUUUAGCCAUUACUUUAUGUCAUCAAAUUCUUUAUAUGUCCCUUGAGUGUAAUAAAAUAUGCACGAUUGCUAAACAAUUUGAACGAUGAAACUCGAAUUCAUCGUCAUUUAUCGAUAUGCUGCACUACAGAGCGAAGCGUACGCCAAUCCGACGUAUUCUCUGGGAAUACUGCGCUGAAAACUUUGUCCAAGCAAUUAAAUUCUUAGCAGAUCACCAAUUGCUCAAAAUUGAGAAGCUCUGGUGGACUGCAUGGAUUGUGGCGGCCUUCGUGGGUAGCUGCUGCUGCGUGGUAACGAUGUACCACAAGUGGGAGGCCGAUCCGGUCGUAUUGGCGUACGCGCCACGCUUCGUUCCCAUCUCUACGAUUCCGUUUCCGGCGAUUACGGUUUGUCCCCUGUCCAAGACUCGCGUAGAAGAGUUCAACCUUACACGUGCGCUUGAACUGGUAGAUCGCGGCAUCAAGCUGGAUGAGGAAAGCGAACGAAAGCUACGAUCCCUUGCCCACGUGUGUCCCCUCACCGAUGGCUGGACCAAGUUCGAUCAAAAGUUACCGAAGGAGGAUCUGGUCAAGACCUUGCGUCGCAUGUCCUUAGGUAGAGGACUUACUGUUCCGUUGAUUACGUGGCGGACCAAACUAAUUUCGAGCAGCGACUGGAUCACGGAAACGCUUGUAGACGAUGGUAUCUGCUAUACCUUUAACGCACUGCCUGCGGCCCAGCUGUAUCGAGUUGGUGAGAUAUCGCCGGACUUUUUGAACUUGAGUGGUGGAGCGGGUUCAGCGUCAAACUGGACGCGCGAUACCGGAUAUAGCAGGGAACAGGUUGGAGCGGAUACGUAUCCGAAGCGAUCUCUGAGGAACGGUUUUGAGUCUGGAUUCGCGAUGAUGGUAGCACUAAGGAGGAUUGAUCAAGAGUAUGUUUGUAGGGGAUUCACUGGAUUCAAGGUCUCCGUUCAUCCUCCAGAUGAAACAGCGUUCACGGGAGAUCAAUUUUACCGCUUGAAUACGUUGCAUGCCCUUUCAGUAUUACUUCAGCCGGAAGUUACUGAUAUAUCGAAAGCUUUGAGAAACAUUUCUCCUAAAAGACGCAACUGUUUCUUCGCCGACGAGCGAUAUCUUCGGUACUACAAUGUAUACAACUUCAACAACCGCGUUGACGAGUGCAUGUCAAAUCUAACUUAUGCCAAGUGUGGUUGCGUCAAGUUUUCGAUGCCACGAGCUGCCGGAAUGAAGGUUUGUGAUGCUGGUCGGAUUGGAUGCUACCGCAACACGGUCCUAGAGGUGUAUAACAAAGCUAUUAAGGCUUCUUUGGAGAAUCGUUCGCUACCUUGCACCUGUCGUCAAGAAUGUAUCGUUUUGCGGUACCAUGUAGAUAUUAAUCGAUUUCCGUUCAACGUUCAACAUUUUCGGGACGUUGCUGGACCGUUUAUGGAUUGGUUCAAGGGCCGGGACAUCUCCGUGAUACAGGUUGCGUUCAAGCACCGUCACUACCUUCCCGUCUGGCGUCGCGAGUUGUUGGGAUUCACCGACGUGGUGGCCAAGUUUGGCGGAUUGUUUGCCCUGCUGAUGGGUGCCAGCAUGUUGAGCUUGGCCGAAAUCUGCUACUAUGCGUGCGUGCGGCCACUACGAAGGGAACGAAGUUCGGUACAGUGGAUUCCGGUGCGACCUUGGAUGGAGUAACGCAGUGUCUCACCGGAAUGCAGAAACAUGUUUACAUCUUCGAGAUCCAGGAAGACUUUGCGAAACAAAUUUGCACCAUUUGCUGC